GGCCAGGAACUCUGGUUGGAAGAACGCGCAGCCUGGAGAAGGAACCGAGCAGAGGACACACCGAACUCAGACGGACAGUCAGUUGCCUCGUCCAACACGUCGAGAUCCUCCCUUCCCUUGGGAGGUAACUCCGCUUCUCCGCUGGAAACUGAACUCAGUGAGGCAGAUCGGCUGAAUCUGCGAAGUUGUUUGGCGGCCACCGCGGGGCCCUAUCCGCCUCUAAGGCGACGAUAUCCUUUGAGGGUGGCCAUCCAGGCAGCAGUACAAAUUUGGGAAGUGGAAAGUCCACUGCUGUCCGAGAAGGGAAGCCCCAUAACACGACUUGCCACUGCUGCUCGCGAUAGUACACAGGACUUCCUGGUACGCACGGCAGCGGCGGGCUCCAAUUUCGUCUCGUGGAGUUCGGGGCUGUUGGGCUCUGCAGCCAAGGCACUGGAAUCCCAUUGCAGACCACAAUCCAUGGGGGAUCGCAAGGACAAGACAUUGGUGGACUCUCUACGAAACCGUGGAGGCAUUGUGGUGGAGCAGCCGCAGUGACGAGGACCUGAUGUACCAGCGGCAUCCAGGUGUGGGCGUGGCUGACUUCUCGGGAUGCCCCAAGCCUGCCCCAAGGAGUCGUC